GAAACAUCUCAAGAGCUCAGGCACCACUUCUUCUCGCCGCCAGUAUCUUCUCUUUUCAUGGAAUCUCCUCCCCAACGGAAAAACCAGUCAUCUCCGGCGAAAUUACUCCUCGGAAAAUACGAAAUCGGCCGACGACUCGGCAGCGGAAGCUUUGCGAAAGUCCAUUUGGCUCGUUCCAUAGAUAACGAUGAGCUCGUGGCUAUUAAGAUCAUCGAGAAGAAGAGAACCAUUGAAUCCGGCAUGGAGCCAAGGAUAAUCCGCGAGAUCGACGCGAUGCGUCGUCUCCGUCACCAUCCCAACAUCCUCAAGAUCCACGAAGUUAUGGCAACCAAAUCUAAGAUCUACCUCGUCAUGGAACUCGCCGCCGGCGGCGAGCUCUUCUCCAAAGUCCUCCGUCGUGGCCGACUUCCUGAAUCGACGGCGCGUCGUUACUUCCAGCAACUCGCCUCCGCGCUCCGGUUCUCUCACCAAGACGGCGUCGCUCACCGCGACGUGAAGCCACAGAAUCUACUCCUCGACAAGCAAGGAAACCUCAAGGUCUCCGACUUCGGUUUAUCCGCCUUGCCGGAGCAUCUCCAAAACGGAUUGCUCCACACGGCGUGCGGAACUCCGGCUUACACAGCUCCGGAGGUUAUUUCACGGCGAGGAUACGACGGAGCGAAGGCUGAUGCGUGGUCUUGUGGAGUGAUUUUAUUCGUUCUUCUCGUCGGAGAUGUUCCUUUCGACGAUUCGAACAUUGCAGCCAUGUAUAGGAAGAUUCACCGGAGAGAUUACCGUUUCCCGAGCUGGAUCUCGAAGCAAGCCAAAUCGAUUAUCUAUCAGAUGCUCGAUCCGAAUCCGGCGACGAGGAUGAGCAUAGAGACCGUCAUGAAGACGACCUGGUUCAAAAAAUCUCUAGAAACCUCUGAAUUCCACCGCAACAUCUUCGAAUCGGAGCCGUUUCUGGAGAAGGAAGCGAAACCGAGCGUUAAUUCGAUUACAGCGUUCGAUUUAAUCUCGUUUUCGUCGGGGCUAGAUCUCUCCGGAUUGUUUGAGAUUAAGAAGAAGAAAGAAAGAAGAUUCACAGCUAAAGUCUCCGCCGUCGAAGUAGAGGAGAAAGCGAAAGCGAUUGGGGAGAAGUUAGGUUACGCAGUGAAGAAGAAGACGAAGAAAGAAGGAGAAGCGAAUAUAGUUGGAUUAGGAAGAGGAAGAACAGCGAUAGUGUUGGAGGCGGUGGAGGUAGCGGUGGAUGUUGUGGUGGUUGAAGUGAAAGUUGUCGAAGGAGAAGAAGAAGAUUCACGGUGGUCCGUUUUGAUUACUGAGCUUGAAGACAUAGUUCUCUCAUGGCACAAUGACGUCAUGUAAAUAUUUUGUGACGUGUGGACUUAGUUUUUUUUCUUGCUUCUUUUUUUGUUCAAUUUUGUAUAAUCUCCCGUUUCAAAGAUUUACAUAGUCUUUUAAACGGUUCUUAUAUACAUUGAUUUAGCUAAACAUCUACCAAAA